AUUCAUAGCGUGACAGGAAACGAAAAUAAAUUGUUUAUCUCCCAUUGCGAUCGAUUACCCUGUUUGCAAUGAGCAUUAGCGAUGAACCAGAUGAACUACAGGAUUUAUAAAAUACCUCUGCCGUCUGGUUAGCUGUUGACAUGGUUCCUUGUCGUGGUCAAAUUUUUUCUUUCAAGCAAGAUAGCCUCUGGUCGUGGUUUGUUUGUAUUAGUACGACAUUUUGUAUGGUAUUGACGGUUGGAUUUAUCUUCGCUCUCGGUGUUUUCCUUCCUGUCUUCAUGGAUUCUUUCAACGAAAGUCGCGAAAGAACAGGUUAGUUUUGUUUAAAUCGGAGUGAUCUGCUUGUUAUUUCUGUGAACUAUACCGAUAUGUAUUUUGAACGAAUUUCAGUUUCCCCGCGUUACAUAUGAUAAUAAUUAAGCUAUGGAAACGGAGCGCAAUAUAAACAGCGUUCAAGGUUCCGAUCUUACUGGAUUGCUUGAAAAAUCGUUCCUCCCAGAAAAGAGAAAUAGUGUUCCUGUUUAGACGGUCGGAACAGGAAAUUGUAUAAUUAUGUAAAAGACAUAUUUUUUUAGUUCGUUCGAAUCCAUUCAAGUCGUUCCUUUUAAGUUGAUAUCCUGCGGGUAUCGAUUUGGAUGCGAUUCCAUGCUUGUGACGUACGUUUCCAGUUUGACUGAGGAAGAGAAGGAAUGCAACAGCAAGAAGUAAGUAACACAGCGGGGAAAAAGGUGUAAUCGAUGAAAUCUGUGCAAAGCAAUGAAUGAAAGGGAGACACGGUCUAAGAAUCACUACAUCAAAAAUUCCAGCUUGCUUUUCGUUGUAUAAUAUAGAAUCAGUGUAUUUUUGCCCCCUUGUUCUUGUCCGCAACGUAACGCCAAGCAUUGAUUUUCGAAUAAAAUCAAAGAGGGAAUGGAUAGAGUUUUUACCCAAGUGAUCCACCAUUUCCGGCUCAAGAAAGGGUAGCAAAGUAAGGGUCCUGAUCCCGUUUUGCACACGAAUUUUAGAAAAAUUCGCACACACGUGUACUUUAAACAGGAUUUCACGCGUCACUAAUUAUAAAGAAAAAAACUUCAAAUCCCUGUUUACCUUCAGUUGCCUUUCUGUAACAUUCACGCGUCACGUACUAAUAUUGGGCUUAAUCACUCGUCACUUAUAAACCCUUUCCCACCCUCGGGAAUAAAGGAGAAGUGAUGAAUACUUCGGCUAGCAUUAAGCAGUAAUCUGGUGAAAAGUGUUGACGAAUAGUUUAUGUAGCAUCCAAGUCGUUUUUACAGGCCAGAGGUGGGUUUUAAUCGUGUAAGACAAAUGCACAGAAAAGUAUAUUAUGUCACUGGUCCUCAAAACCCUUAAACACAGACGUACUUGCGGUUGUUUCUUCUCACACUAUGUCGGACAAACUAAGAGAAUUAAGAGAAAGAGAACACUUAUGCACAUAUCAAAUACUGAAUAGCAGUAUUUUUAAAAAAAAUUAUACACUUUACAGUCUCAUUUUCACACGAGAAUGCCGUCAUCUUGGAAUUUGAAUUUGACCUCAAAGUCCUGGGUAUCGUUAAUCUUGUACCAAGAUCCUACUGUGUAACUUUAACUGAAGUGUGCAACUACUUGACCGUGAAAGUUUUGGUUACGAGACUAGGAUAUCGUGCACCCAGAACGUCCUACUCGAUUGGGACUUAUAUGAAAUUCAGAGCUGGGACUGAGCUGCAAAAGUUAAAUUGGCUUAAACUCCUUCAUCCGAGCCCAGCAUGUCUGGGGGCUCUCUUGGGCGGUGACUCUUCAAUCAUGUCCUCACUUUCCCCUCCUUCUCCCCCGCCUAAAUAAGUAUUAGUCACGCACACAAUAAUUAUCAUUAUUAUUACUAUCGUUAUCAUCAUUAUCUAUAUUAUUGUCAUUGUCAUCAUCAAUGUUAUUAUUACUAUUAUUAUGAUUAUUAUUGAUAUUGUGUAUCAUCAUCAUUAUUAUCAUGGUCAUCAUUAUUAUUUUUAUAUCUUAUUUUUCUCACUAUUCUUGCAGCAUGGGUGAGUUCUAUCAUUAUGGCAAUAUUUUUAUUCUUUGGGCCUGUAAUUGGCGUCGUCGUUAACCGUUUUGGAUGCCGUUUGGCCAGGAUCGUAGGUUGCCUGUCCUGUGCUGUCGGUCUCGGGUUGGGCUCCCUGGCUCCGAACAUCAUAGUUCUAUAUGUAGCCUUUUGUAUACUCUUCGGCUUUGGUACGUCAUUCAUUUACCUUUCCUCGCCAUUGAUUAUGACCCACUACUUUAAUAAGAGAAGAUCCGUGGCUCUUGGAAUUGUGACAGCUGGUCAAGGUCUGGGAACUAUGAUAUGUGGUCCCGUUUUACAGGUGAUGGCUGCCAUGUCCAACUGGAGGAAGACUUUUCUCAUGUUCGCGGGUAUUUUGGCUCUCUCUUCCUUGACGGGCUGCUUUCUGAAACACGAUAGCUCCAGAUCCACAGCUUCGUCGACCCAAGGCGAGAAAAAUUCAAAGAAGUUUGGUUGGAAUAUAGCUGUUUGUAAGAACCCCAAAUUUUUGGUUUUACUGGUUAUGAGUACACUUUUCAACUUUGUUCGGAUGAUUCCUUACGUACACUUGGUGAGUUGCGGUAUUAAUUUGCAUUAGCUAUCGCGCAUGGAUUUACGUCAUAUUACGCAGCAUGAAAGUUUAGCCUAGCAUAUACCCGUUAAUAAGAAAGAAGCAGUUCCCUAGAGUAUUAUCACAUGACUUUCAACUCCUGUACGUCAUGAUGACGUCAGAGGGAGCUCAAUCAAUAGAGAAUGUUUCCUCUCUGAUGAGGGCUUGGGAUGUUAACCAUCAAGGAGGUGUUAACAAAGUCAGAUUUAACAAGAACUUGCAGAUGUGUUCGCACUCUCAGAUUUUAGCACUCUCAGAAGGUUGCUACGUGAUCUCAUUUAGACACCCAAAAACAAAUUUUUAGAAAAUCAAUAGCAAUUAUAAAUGCAAUGCAAUAAUUAUUGCAUUUUAAUUUAAGUUUCGCUUUCUUCAACAAAUUAAAUUAAGGCCUAUACUUAAUGGGUAAACAAAACGUACAAGUUAAGAAGCUUACUCGCCGAGUCCAGAGGGCAAACGCUUCAAUCGUUCCACUUGCGAGACGCAAAAAUAUAUGGAAUGUGUGACAUGCUGCAGUAUAGAUUUCUUAUUAAUUUAUUUCUUUCAUUAUGUUCUUAGAUAAAACACUGCGACGAUCUUGGCAUUCCAGCAGAUAAGAGUUCCACACUUUUCACUUUUAUGGGAAUAUUUGCCGCCAUUGGUCGUUUGUGCGCUGGCUGCCUUUGCGACCUCAAAUAUGUCAACUCACGCCUCCUCUACCAGGCAAGCGUGUUAUUGAGUAGCGCCUCGAUCAUGCUUCUAACGGUGCCAAAGACUUACACCCCACUGGCUGCAGUAGUCAUAAUAUUCAGCCUAGGGGACGGACUGGUGGUGUCAACAUACGUUAUCGAGCUGUUCAAGUCUGUAAAGGAGUCAGAAAGAGCACUUUGCCUUGGAUUUUGCAUGAUGGCAGGUGGGGCCCUAAUCUUCUGCGGCCCGCCUUUAGCUGGUAAGAUGUCAAGACCUCUCCUUUUCUUUCCACCGUUCAAACUCUCCAAGUCUUUUUUCUCUCCUUUCUAUUUGGUUUUGAAUCAAGAUUAGUGGCACCCUCAAACUGUAAGGGUCGUAAAAUCAAAAUAAAUAGAAAAAUAAUAAAUCAAGUUCUAGUAGUGGCGCUUCCACUAAAGGGAAAUGGAAUUUUGAGUAAUUUUUUUCGGUAAAAGUUAAACCGGAAAAAUCCGAGAAAACGUCGUAAGGCCGGUUUCCAACAUGGAACUCCACUCCACAGUUAACGCCAAGUUUUGGAAUCGAACCUAGUUCACAGAGGUGGGAGGCGAGCGCUCUGACCACAUUCUCUUUACCUAUUUUAUGUAUGAUGUGGUGAAGUUGUGGGGAGAGGUGGCAUGUUAAUCAGCCCUAAGAAUUGAAAGUUUAAGCCCAAGGGCUACCGAACAGUAAGUUUCUAGUCCCAUUAACCGGACAUUGCGAACUUUCUCUUAGGAGCUGAGUGAUGUUUCAAUCUGGAAGCUACGAUCUAUUACUUUACUUUUACAAAAACAGUUUAGGUUCAUGUCUGUGAAUGAAUAGGCGUAUUGUUGAUCAGAACUUUUAUUUAUCCCAAAUUUAGGUCUUAUGGCAGACAGAUUUGGAAACUACAUAGCUGCAUUUCUCGUGGCGGGAGGUGUUGGGGUUGUCAGCUCCCCCAUCCCUUUUCUCAUUCCGUGUUUCGAGCCGCAAAAUAACGGCGGAGAUCCCGUGGAACAUCUUGAAGAAUUGAUGGACAAGGAUAUAUGUGUUUCUCCACCAGACUACAAAUCUACAAAUGGUGAUAUUCCCAGAACAGUUUAUCCUAAAGAGUCAGUAGAGUCGUUGAAUGCAAAAAGGACGUCUAUGGUGCGCGCCGCGUCUAACAGGCCUGUAUCGUUUAUGUGGGCCAUGGAAAGUCCUUAUAAUUUGUAACAAAGUAUUCUAUUCCAACUAUACUAACAGAGUAGAGCGCUUUUCCAUUCAGUGUCAUUGAACCAUAAUCAAAGUAAUUACAACAGCCAAUCAGGAGAAAGGAAAAUACCUUGAAGAGCCAAUGAGAACUCAAAAUAAAAACUAAAGCGCGGGAAAACGCGGGCAACCAAGCCGUGAAUGAUUUUAGUUUUGCGUCUGAUUGGUUGAGAGAGUGGUUCGAAUUUUCUGAACCAAUCAUAGAGUGACGUAAAUCAAAACUAAUACAAUCCCAAGUUACUUUCGACACUCAAUUGAAAAUUUUUCUAAGAUCAAAGCGUUCCGGGGACAAAACCACAGAUAGCGUUGGAUAAGACCACACCGUUUUUAAAAAGUGUGCAACUGUUUCUGGGCGUUCUUUUGAUUUUCUAAUUGUGAAAAUAAAGGACAGAAAAAAUAUUUUCUAUCUUCUAUCUUCUAAAGUCUAUAUUUAAAUAUAGACUUUACCCUUAAAAUCCCAGGAUCUGAUUGUUAAUUCUUUUCUCUAGCUGCUACACAUUUAAUUGUAAAUUUGUUAUAAGAAUUCGGUGUCAGAUCGAGAUAACAAAUUGUUAACGUGCACGACGUGAAAUCAACGUAUUAAUUGAUAUAUGUAGAAAAUUGACAAUGAAGGGUCUUGCGAUAACCUCUUAUACGCCCAACCGGAAACGUAAAAUGAUAUUUUUAAUCCUAUUUCGAGUAAGUAGCUUAAUUUUUGCCCGAGAACUGUAUUUUUAAAUACGUUUCCGUGAUUUAGCACUUACUUGUUACCCAGUUUACGGCUAUCCCGAUCAAGAAAACUCGCUAUUGAAGUAAGUUCAUGAUUAUUUUCUAUAAUAUCGUCAAUCAUUUCAGUUUUGUGGAUUUAUGUGGAAUUUAUGAGCUCUGAUAGUACGUGCUUUGAUUUGACGACUAUUGACCGCAUGGUAUACUGAUUGAUGGCAACGUUUAUAUCAAUUACUCCCGCUUCGCUCUUUGAUUGUUUUGUUUACUACUAGUUGAUUUAGUUAAGUAGAUUGUCUUGUAAAGUUAAUAUCAGAUCGAAGAAAAAUCAGUUAUACGAUUGCGAGUAUUCUUCGGUAAUGGGCCGUCUUGGUUUUCACGCGAAACACAAGUUCUACCUUAUACUUUGAGUGUUCUCGUUACUUGGUUGCUGGAUAACGUAUGAAUAUUAUAUAGGGAGAAGUUCCAUGUUAAUCAGUUGUUAGAGUUAUAGGGUUAAAUGAUACGUCAAGUGUUUGAAAAUGGAAUCUUUAUUUUCUUAUAACCAGAUAUAAAUUAUACAGAAAGACAAAUUAAUGUAACUUAUUUUUCACUGGAGAAUCGCAGUUUUAAGUUUUUUAAUUUAUAAAAUAUGAAUAAAAGAAUACACACGCAAUCAUGUACUUAGUAACUAUCACAAUAAGAGAGAUGAUAAAUUUUUAACUCGGAAGUGGAGGAGAGAUUUUUUUCGUCUUGUCAAUGGUAGGGCAACUGAAUUUCUGAGGUUCAAUUCCUCGUGGAGAGUUAUUAUUUCGUAGUUAUAGUACUGUAUGCGUUCAAACCCGUUCAGGAACCAAAAGUAGAAGCAGUGUGUUGCUUACGUUGCUGAACGUCCUUUUUACUUAUACAGCUGUGAAAAUGAAAAUCAGGAAAAAAGACCAUUAUCCACUGACAUUUUAAAAUGCUACUAAAAAGUAGCUUUUUUUUUUGCAAUGGAGUCUUAAUUACCACGAGAAAAAAAUCUUAGGCACAGAAACAAAAUUUAAUAAAACUUUUUUAUCGCUAAAGAAUCACA